AUGUCAAGCGAAAAGCCAUUAUUACCAUCGUUAGCUGCUAUCCUUUGCAGCGAAAAGCCUAAUUCUGAACCAUGUUCACCACUAUUAGAAACUAUCAAUACGUCAUUUUGUAGCGAUAGUCGCGGUACUAUCAGAUUACCACCACUAAAUGGCGGGAUCUCCAGACCAAGAUCGGUGGAUAGUGCGGUAAGACAAACAGUUAAUAUUGGAAUCCAAUCUGCUGAUGAAGCUAUCCCUCGUGUGAGAGCUCACUCUUUGCCCGAAACCUCACAAGUUUCCCACGCACAACCACCUCAAGUGAAUGUCGGUUCUCCCUCCACGCCGGUCGUGAAGAAGAAGGCUCUUGGUCAAUCUAGUAGAAGAGCGGAUAUGCUAACACCAUUGUCUGCUGCUAGAGCUAUCAUAACGCCAUCUGCAAAUGACAAAAAACGUGCGUUUGCCUUUAUUACACAUUCACAAGAGACUUUCCCCACAAAGGAACCCAAGAUCGACAAUGCUCCUUUAGCACGUCGUAAGAGAAGAAGAACUUCCACUCAGGAAUUAAACAUCUUACAAGCGGAAUUCGAACUCUGUUCAGCUCCGGAUAAGAAGAAAAGGCAAGAAUUAGCUGAAAGAUGUAACAUGUCUGAAAAGGCAGUCCAAAUAUGGUUUCAAAACAGAAGACAGGCAAUUAAAAAGCAGAAAAAUGCCGCCGCCAACAAAACUAAAAUGGCUGCUUCUAAAAAUUCUACCGUUGUUUCUGAUCCAAUCGUUACUUCCAAUAAUGUUACCUCUACACCAGCAAGACCCAAGUCGCUCACUAAUUCUAACGCAGAGGCUUCAUUCACUGAACCUUCCAUGGCAGAUCUGUCAGAAUCCUUUAAGGAGAAUAUUCCUGUAAGCGUCACAGAAUCGACACCAAUUGCAUCUAAAAGCAUCAAUACCCCACAAUCGACUGCAACGAAGACGCCACUAUUGCGUCUGCCUAAUCAAGAACAGAAGGUGCUUGUAAAACAAGAACCACAGCAAGAAGAACUGAAGGUUGAACAGAAUCACGAUCAAAAGAAUCAACAAAAAGAGAAAUCAAUUGCUCAAGAGACCUUUUCACCAACUCGUUUAUCUCAACAGAAGAACAUUAGACGUGGGCAAGCACUUACUUUCCAUUUGACUUCAGAUAAAAAGGUUCUAACGCCUUUAAGAAUUUCUCCAAAAAACAGAGUCAACAAACUAAUAAAUGGUACUAAUGCUGGCAGUCCAUGUAAACGCAGAUCUGCAGGUGUAUCUUCCUCUGCUUCAAUGGUCAAGAUGGAACUAACGCCUACGAAAAAAAAUCUAUUGAAGGAAUUAAACACAAAUACCAUGGUCCAUUAG